CAAAGUCUUUAAAUAGCAAUUACCCCCCUCACUCCGACGCAUCUCGAUCUCUCUCGCACUUUCUCGUCGAGAUUUAGUAUCCUCCCUGGCCACCCCGCUCUUCUUUCUUUCCGAAUAGGGCUGGGUGUCUCUCUCUCACACACACACACAAAAAAACAACAAAUUUGUGGGUUUUUCUAGGGUUUAAUCGAAUUAUUCACGAAUUAAACCCUCCGAACCUCAAAUUUGACUAGUUUUUUCUUAUUUGGGGCUUCACUAUGUUGCUUCUCUCUUCGUACUGAGCUUAAUUGAAACCCUAAUUUUCUAUAACUCAUCAAGGUAAGAGCUUUUUGGAUCUCCAACCUUCUUUUCAGUUUCAAUUGAGUUAAUUACAUCAGAUUUGAUUGAAUUAGAUCAAGAUACAUUAUAUUAUGUUUCUAUUUAUAUCAAGGUUUGAUUUUUAAGGAGUAAUUUACUGUUGGAAGCUGAAUAUGUUGAGUUUAUAAUGUAAUUGAUGUUAUGAAGUGUUGAAUAUGAGCAAUGGUGGUGGCUGAGAAUGGAAAAGAGGUAGAACGGAGUAAUCGACCGAAAAGGAUUUUGAAAAAUGAGGACUUUGUACAGGCUAUUUCUAAGAUGGCUGUAGCUCAGGUUUGUGAGAGUUCUGGGUUUCAGGGGUUCCAACAGUCGGCAUUAGAUACCCUUUCGGAUAUUACUGUUAGGUAUAUUAAUCAGAUAGGAAAGAUUGCGGUCUCUAAUGCAAAUUUGGCUGGGAGGACAGAGUGUAAUGUGUAUGAUGUAUUGCAAGGGUUGGAAGAUUUGGGUAUGUCCCAGGGUUUUUCUGGUGCUUCAGAAAUUGAUCGCAGUCUUGCAGGUUCGGGGAUAGUUAGGGAGAUUUCUGAGUAUGUUGAAUUUUCUGAGCAGGUCCCUUUUGCCUAUGCGAUUCCUAGUUUUCCGGUUGUCAAAGAGAGGAAGUUGACAGAUAGUUUUCUUAAAAGUGAAGGAUGCCCUCCAGGUGAGCACAUACCCGUGUGGUUGCCUGUGUUUCCUGAUCCGGAAACCUAUACGUCCUUGCCUGUGGAGAGUAAACGAAUAGGGAAUGAAGAUAUGGAUAAAUCUGGCAUUGAAGAUCCGAAAAAGGUUGAAGGUUCCUUGUCGUAUAUGCAUCGGCUAUUCGAUUGUAAUGGGUCUGAGAUGCCAGUAUAUGUAGACAAGGGGAAUGCUUCUUGUUCGAAACGAGCAGCAAAUAGUAAUCCUUUCCUUGCAGCUCCUUUACGUCCUGGUGAGAAAGAAGUCUCAAAAGUCAUUCUUCCAGCAAAAUUUGCAGAGGAAGAUGCGGCACUAAAUCACCCAGAUGCAGCAAACCAUGUAACUGUACUUGACUCAGUUGCUCCAGCUAUUGAUUCUGUUAAAAGCUGCGCAUUUGACUCAGAAGAGACAGGAAAAAAGGCUCUACUUGAUAAUAGACCUGCUGUGCAAUUCAAGCUGCGGCCUAGCAAGAACCCUGUUGGGACAUCGAUAAAAGUACACAGUGAACGAGUUGCAAAUAUACCCUCUUCCAUUAAAACUGAUGACAUAAAGGAUGACAGGAAAAGAAGAGCAGAGCAAAUCCUGAAAGAUUCUUUAGAGAAUCAGCAUGAGCUGGCUCAUUUGUAAACUAGGUUUGUUUAAUUAGAGUUUGUACUAUACAUGGUUGGGAAAUGACAGCUGAUGCUGUUUUCAGGAUAGUGAAAGUCAUUGGCCAUAAAGAUGUCUGUAUAUGGAAGUUAGAUAUUUUAGACGGGUAUGUUCCUGCUAUUAACAAGUUUUGCAGUAUGUCACUAUUAGUAAUGGAACCAUGUUGACAAUCUUUCUAAUUUAACAUCUUUUGUUUUCUUC